CUGUAUUACGUUUCGGUCCGACCGGUUCUACACCUCGUCGAUCUGGACUCUGCCUCUCUCCAGUUAAAGAAGUCAUCGACUGUGGAAUCGGAAGCUAACAACGUUACACCCAGUGCUGCCGUUUCAAGGCGAGAUGAGUUCGUGCCUGGCGUUUGCGUUGUUGCUGUUGGCGGCAGUGGGCGGCUGCUGGUCGGCGGACAUCUUGUUCGUCGCGCCGACGCCGUCCGUCAGCCACGCGCUGCCCAUCAACGCCGUGAUCCGCGCUCUGCUGGCCAGGGGGCACCGCGUCACACACAUCACGCCGGACCCCAUGCAGACCGAGAAUAAGAAUUACACACUGGUAGACUUAUCAUCAAUUUAUUGGGUUCUGAGCAGCCAGAACAAAUCUGUCUGGGCAGAUACUUGGCCUAUGAAAUUGGCCGAGGCAUACCACGAACUGGGCGUCGGGUGCUGCGUCAAUGAAAUGAAGCAUCCUGCACUACAAGACUGGCUAAAGUCCGAACACCGGUUUGAUUUGGUGAUCAUGGAACGACUGCCGUAUCAGUGCUAUUACGGACUGGUCCAUAAAGUUGGUUCACCUCCGUUGGUCGGUUUUCUAACGCUGCCCGCCAUGCUACCGGCUUACUACGCCAUAGGGAACCCUAUAAACCCAGCUUACCUACCAGACGUCUUCAUCGGUUACAGCGACCACAUGAAUUUCUGGCAAAGGCUGUACAACACUUACUUCACCUUGAGGUUCCUCGAUUAUUGGCAGAGAACUGUAUUGCCUGCUCACGAGGCCAUCAUGAGGGAACAUUUUGGCCCGGAACCACCUUCCGUUUACGAAGUGGAACGCAACUUCAGUAUGCUGAUUGUAGCUGCCCAUUUCAGCGGUCACUACCCGAGGCCAAAUGUACCGAACGUGAUUGAAGUCACGGGACUACACGUAGAAGAUAAAGUGAAGCCUCUACCGAAGGAUAUCCAGAAGUUUCUGGACGAAGCAGAGCACGGCGUCGUCUACUUCAACCUGGGCUCGAACGUCAGGAGCAGCGAGCUGCCGGAACACAGGAGGCAGGCGUUCGUGGACGCCUUCAGGGAGAUACCGCAGCGGGUUGUCUGGAAGUGGGAGGACGACAACAUCCCUGACCUCCCAGACAACGUACUCGUGAGGAAGUGGCUCCCGCAGCAGGGCGUUCUGGCCCACCCGAAAGUAAAGCUGUUCAUCAUGCAAGGCGGACUGCAGAGCCUGAACGAAGCAGCUUACCGGGCUGUGCCCCUGAUUGCCACUCCGUACUUCUCUGACCAGACGCACAACUGCGCGAAGAUAAACUCAGCAGGCAUCGGCAUCCGUAUCUAUUUGAAGGAUAUCAGCAAGGAGACUGUGCUCGACGCCAUCAACAAAAUUAUACAUGAUCCCAGCUACAAGGAGAGGAUGGCGCAGUAUUCUCGGCUGUUCCGCGAGCACCGCGAGCAGUCUGUGGAGACGGCGGUGUGGUGGCUGGAGUACGUGGUCCGCCACCAGGGAGCGCCGCACCUGCGCAGCGCCGCCCUGGACCUGCCCUGGUGGCAGCUGCUGCUGGUCGACGUCGUCGCCUUCGUGCUGGCCGCCGCCGCCGCCGCCGUCACCGCCCUCUGGUUCGUGGCCAGGAGGCUGCUGGCCGCCUUCACAGCGCGGAAGGACAAGCUCAAGACCCACUGA